AUGGCGGAACGGGGACAACGCGAGAUUGUCCAAGCUUCAAUAUCCGAGUUACAAGCUCAACAAGCGGAGCUGGAGAAGGAAAUUGCCGAGAUCAAGUCCAAGUUGCGCAAUGACCCGGAUGAGACUGUCCAGCGCCAUAUUCGGCUUUUACAUGAGUACAAUGAGAUCAAAGAUGUAGCACAGGGAUUGAUGGGCUUGAUUGCUGAGGCCAAGGGAGUCCGUGUGAUGGAGAUUCAUAAAGAGUAUGGAGUGAACGAGAAGGACUAG